AUGUCGGAUGCGGGGAACACCACCCGGGGAAACAAACGCCAGCGAUGCCACGACAGCCAGCAGCAGCACCAGCAGCAGCUGCUCACCCCAAGCGACUCUGGCCAGCAGCUCAACAUGAAUGUGAGUGCUGCAGACGCUGGUGGAUCACGAGGGUCUGACGAUGCCGCCACUGUGGAUUCAGGCCUAGGCUGGCAUCUGCACUCGUCGCUAGGAGGGGUGCCCAAUGCAGCUGAGCAAGAUCUGUUGUAUGGGACAAUGCCGAGAGAGCCGGUGGGAGGAGCAUUCGAGACCAUUGCCAUGAAUCUUUCCGACAGCUUCUUCGGCACUGCAUCUCCCUCAGAGCCGUAUGCGAACCUCACAGGGUCACUGACCUCUCCAUACACCGCGAGCAACGAUCUCCGGCACCUGGCUGGUGACUUUAGUCCCGAGCAGCCGGAGAACCAGCCACCCCAGAGGAAUACGCACGACGACGCUGGCGGCGGCAAGGACGACCAAAGUAUCGACCGCGAGCAGACGCCUAUGCAGAGGCUGUCGAAGCUCAACUACGAGCUCAUCACCAUGCUCAGCAGGAUCGACCAGGGAUCGCCCAAGAUCACAAUGAAGACGCUUCUUCGGCCGAGCGAGAAUUCAUCAACCCCGUCAGUCGUGGACGAUAUACUGCACAGGACGAGAGACUUUAUAGAAUUACUGAAGCUCUUGGCCGAGUCCUGUCUGCCGCUGUCGAGUCCUUCGCCAGCAUCUGCGAGUCAGAGCUCCACCCCCACCCCCCCAAACCGGAGGCGGCGAAAUAGCCUAUCGAGCAAUCUUUCCGACUGCGACAGCAUCACAGGAAGCCUCACAAGCAGCACGGGCUCACCGAACCCGUCACCAUCCGCUGUCACUACCCCGUCGCCCAGCCUUGAGCUCGACACGCCGUCGCUGCUUGCCAUCCUCACCGCCCAUAUUCACCUGCUCAGGCUCUAUAUUCUAACCUACGCUAUAGAGUCGGGCAACCUGCAGGCGCUCAUCCUCAUCCAGAUCGUGACCAGUCUCUUUGAGCGCAUGGACGCACUGCUCGGUCUGCCUAGAGAAUAUCGCAUCAGCACGCGCCGCGGGAAUCCGGUCGGCCUGCUUAGUGCGCCAGAAUUCCUGGAGCUGGCCAGGGCCAUCAUCAAGAAAGAGGAUACCGGAAGACCCGAGAACGGGAAAGGCGGCAUCAAAGCUCUGCGAAAGCACAUUACAAAGGCAAAACAAAUGCUGAGGGAGAGCAUUGCCCCGUGA